GUCAGAAUGUGAAAACCCUAAAACACCCUCAGACUUUCUUUCUAUCAGCAUUCCCUCUUUCCAUUUACUGCCAGAUUUUGACUAAUUAAUUAGCACAAAAUAUCUGUUAAUCAUGGGUUCUUAAUAAGUAAUUAACGCGUUUCACGCCUUAAGCCGAUUCUAUUAAUUCUUUUUUUUUUCUUUUUAAUAAAUCAUCUUGGGGUUUAUUGUUUCUUGAAAAAAAAAGAGAGAGAGAGAAGUAAGUGGAUCCCAGAUCGUUUCGGUUUGACUUUUUUUUUUAUUUGAUUUUCGAGCGGAUAAAAACAUUUCGUGUAUAUAUAUAUAUAUAUGUAUAAUUAUAUAUUUAUUUUCCAUUGAAUCAUUCAAAGAAUUAUAAGAGAGAAGAAAGAGAAACCAUCUUGAGUUUUUUGUGGGGAAGUGGAGAAAAAAAGCUGUUGUUCAAGAUUGUACUGCACCCAUCUUUCUUGAUUUUCUUUUCAAUUUUUGGAUUCAUAUUUGGGUAUUAAACUCAUAUUGUGAAGUAAAUCACAGUCAAGAACAAAUUUUUAAUUUUUUUUUUAAUAAUUGUGAUUUUGGGGGGGAUUUGUUUUUUAGGGAAGUGGGAUUUAUGAAUUGAUUGGUUUGCAAAAGGGCCCAAGUGAAGAUUGAAGAUUCUUGAUUUUUUUAUACUUUUUUUUAAUAAUUGAGUCGGUUCUUGAUUUUUGGGGGGAUUUGUUUUUUAGAGAAGUGGGAUUUAUGAAUUGAUUGGUUUGCAGAAGUGAUUAAGUGAAGAUUGAAGAUUCUUGAUUUUUUUUUAAAUUUAAAAUUUUCAAGUAUAGUGGUGACAUUUAUUUGAAGAUGUCUGUUGAAGAAGAUCAGCUUGAGAUCAAGUUUAGGUUGAACGAUGGAUCGGAUAUCGGCCCGAAAAAGUUUUCUUGUGCUACAAGGGUGUCAUCCUUGAAGGAGGAUAUCAUAGCUCAAUGGCCUAAAGACAAAGGCAAUGCUCCACGCACGCUAAAAGACAUCAAACUUAUUAGCGGCGGACGAAUAUUAGAGAACAAUCGAACCGUAGGGGAAUGUAAGAACCCGUUAUACGAUAUUCCAGGUGGAGUCACAACCAUGCACGUUCUCGUUCAACCACCACCCACGCAAAAAGAGAGAAAAAAAGUGCACAGUGAUGAUCCUAAGCAGAACAAAUGCGGUUGUGUGAUAUUAUAAGACGGAGUUAAUUCGAGAAGACGCAAAUGCAUUACCUAUUGUUAGGUACUUUACUCGAUUUAUUUUGAAAACGAAGAAAGCGUAGUAAAUUUCUUGAAUAUUAUAUCCAAAGCGAGUGAUAUGAAAGUUUUCUUUUUUUUUCUCCCCUUUACGGAGAUUAUUUUACUGUGAUUCCCGGGUUUUUUUUUUUUUUACUUCGAUUGAAUAUUUCUUUCCCUUGUUUUGGAAUAAUCAUUUUAUCGGAUUAAUUUGUUAGUUACUGAUGUGGCGAUAAAACGGUCAUGUUUGAUGGUAUG